AUGGCUCCGCGAAGCAAACAAAAGGCUGCUCCCCCAUCAAAGGGCGAUAAUGUUCAGCCAACAAAGCCCCAUCUGCCAGAUUGGCCUCCUCUAGCACCUCUCGUCCCCCAGGAGCACCUAUUUAUCGAGACAGUCGUCCCUGGACAGAUCUUGGUCAUCCGAAACCUGUUCACGUCUAGUCUAUGCCGAAACUACGUGGCUUUCCUCUCUUCCUUACCCUUGACUACGACACCGGGCAAGCCGAAGCGAGGGGAGGCGACCCGAGUCAAUGACCGAUUCCAGGUUGAAGACCCGAAAUUCGCCAAGAUGCUCUGGGAGUGCACCGGCAUGCAGUAUCUAGUCAGGUCCUUCGAAGAUCAGGCUGUCUUAGGAGGCACGGUGCUGGGGCUGAAUCCGAAUAUAAGAGUGUAUCGGUAUCGGCCGGGUCAAUUCUUCGACAAGCAUUAUGAUGAGAGCAAUAAAUUACAGUUUGGCGAGCAAAAGCUACCUGCCAAAACUACCUGGACCCUCCUCAUCUACCUUACAACAUGCGAAGGUGGUGAGACCGCGUUCUAUCCAGAACCCCUGAAAAAGGGCGACAGACCUCCCGAGCCGAUUGUGGUCGGACUGGAGACUGGGAUGGCCCUCCUCCACAAGCACGGCGAUGAUUGCCUGCUGCAUGAAGGCAAAGAGGUCAAGAAGGGCGAGAAGUGGGUAUUGAGGAGUGAUAUCGUGGUGCAGAGGUAG